UCUGGGGCUCCUCGGCCUGCAUGACAAAGACUCUAGUUUUCCCUCCUCUCUGACUCACUCUGUUUGCCCAGUGGGCUGGAAGUCGGUUGGAUGUGUGAAGCAGCACAAUGUUCGCCGUGGGACCUACAUGACCAAGAAUGGACUUUUUCCUUCUGUGUUCCAGAACACUGUGAUGAGGGAGAAGGGAACUUGAUCAACAUUUUUUUUGUUGCCUUUCCUUAAUUUCUGCGUCAUGCGACAUGUCUUCUUUUUGACCCUAUUUGUGACCUGACAGACAGCGAUAAAGGACAAAGAGAAGGCUUGUAGACCUCCUCUUCCUCCUCCUCCUCUUCCUCCCGUUCGUCCCCCAUGGCUUGCUGCCUCUUCUCCGGCCACCAUGGCAGUUGGACCCCAGAUGAUGACGGAGAAUACCACCAGCACAGCACACCGGGCGGCGAGGCAGGGCAUGCGGGGGACGGCACCCCACCCCCGAAGCGCAAGGGCAAGUUCUCCACCCUGGGCAAGAUCUUCAAGCCCUGGAAAUGGCGCAAGAAGAAAAGCAGUGAGAAGUUCAAGGAGACUUCAGAAGUUCUGGAGAGAAAGAUGUCGAUGAGACGGCCGCGGCAGGAGCUGAUCGAGCAGGGCGUGCUGAGGGAGCUUCCUGAUAACGACGCCGAUGACGCCCAUCACGUGUCCAAGCCACCGUACGUGAAGAACGGACACACCCUGCCGGUCAGGGGCCCCGGGGGCGGGCGAGGCCACGAGGCCGGCAGGCACCCCUCCUCCGACACCGACCACCACGCCAACCCCACCUGGCUGCCCCAGCUGGAGGAGCAGUGGCUGCGCGUGCCCCAGGACGGGGAUCGGCGCGGGGGCGGGGGGGCGCUGGGUCACCGGGCGCCAGCGGGCCAGGAGGAGCCCAGAGAGGGCCGGAGAGGAGGACGGCAGGGCGCGGAGGAGCGGCGGCAGGGGCCGGGGCACGGACACGGACACGGACACGGACACGGGGGCCGCGGGCACGGGCACGGACCGGGCUGGCACACGGACGACGGGGGGCGGCGCGGCGGGGGGGGUCGAGGGCACCUGAACGGGGACAAGAGGCCGGGCCUGCAGAAGGGACUGUCCGAGGACGGCCGGAGGACACGGCCCGAGGCCGAGUGGAAGCCCACCCUCCCCAGGCACGCGUCUACCGAGGAGGGGAGAGGAUACAGAGAGUCUGACAGUCACUUUGUGCCCGACUCCGAUGCCAUGCGGGACACCUUGCGGGAGCCCCUGCCCCCGAAACAGUCCGUCAUGCCCCCCAAGUGGCUGAUGACCUCCACGCCUGAGCCGGGCUCUGAGGGGCCGCCCCGGACCCCUGUCCACAACCCCCCCGCCGCCUUCUCCUCGGCCUCCUCGUCAUCCGCCGGUGGUGGCAGCAAGCCUCUCAGGGCAGUGUCGUCUGCUGGUGGCAACACGCAGUCUCCGGGCACGCUGCCACCAUUCUCCCCCCCUCCUGCCUCUGGUGGCGGUGCCACCCAGCAGGCCAAGCAGCCCCCGGUCCCGCCCCCCAAACCAGUCAACCGCAACGCCAACGCUGGCAUGCUGGCGGCGGCCAAUCUCCACGGGGGCGAUAACCCUCAGCUUCCCCUCUACUGGUCCUGCUGGAAGAGGGAGGGCGAGUACGACGUCUACCUGUCCCUGCCCGUCUACCUGUGCAAGCGCCCGGGAGCUGUCCGCGCAGCUGAGAUCCACCAGAUCAGUGGGGGCCACAGCAUGGUUCCUGCCAAGCCCUCUCCUCCCAUGCCCCCCAAGAGGACUACGCCGGUCACCAAGCGCACCCCCGAGGACCCCUCUUCCUCCUCCACCCUCCCCCCCCAGAGCUCGGGGGCCUCGUCCGCCCUGACCCCGGAUGACCUCUCUGGCCUGCCCGCGGGCUUCCAGCUGCCCCCGCCGCCCCCCUCCCCGCCCCUGCCCUCCCACAUCCCCCCCUCGCCCCCGCGGCUGGCCCACACGCACUCCCACCUGCUGCCCCACCAGCACUCCUACCCCCACCCCAUCCCCCAGCCCAUCCCGCCGCCCCAGUUCGACCCCUCCAGCCCGGAGGAGGAGGACGACGAAGAGGAGGAGCCCCCACGCCAGGCGCCCGUGCCGCUGCACAUCAUGAUCCAGCGGGCGCUCAACUCGCCCGGGCCGGCCGUGCCGCACCCCGACAGCUCGCAGCGCUCCGCCCACGCACUGCUCUUCGAGACGCCGCCCGAGUACGCCGCCGACGCCCGCGGCCGACCGCUGCAGGUCACCAUCCAGCCGCUCAAGAUGCAUGACGACGACGACGACUACUCGGACGAGGAGGAGGACGAGGAGAUGGACGAGGAGGACGAGCCCCCCCCGGAGCACCUGCCCCCCCCUCAGCCGGAGCUGGAGCCGCGCAGCCGGCGGUGCAUGGUGGGCGAGCCCAGCGUCAGCGUCAUCCCCGAGGGGGCCGACAGCAGCGAGGACGACGAGGACGACGAAGAGGACCUGCACCGCGACGAGAGCGACUCGGACGGACCCGUGCUCUACAAGGACGAAGACUCCGACGAGGAUGAGGAGGACGAGGAGCCACCUAGCGCUCUGGCUAGCCGGGUGAAGCGGAAGGACACUCUGGCGCUCAAGUUGAGCAGCCGGCCCUCGGCCCCAGAGCGGCAGCAGGCGGAGCGGGAGCGGGAUCGGGAGCGGGAUCGCCCGGUGAGGGACCGGCCGCCGGGACCAGACUGGCCUGGACGCGGAGAGCGCACCGGCCUCUCGUGGCAGAGCAAGGAGCAGUGGGAGGCCAUCCGCGCACAGAUCGGCACCGCGCUGACGAGACGCCUGAGCCAGCGGCCUACGGCAGAGGAGCUGGAGCAGAGAAAUAUUCUUCAACCCAAGAACCAGGCCGACCGGCAGGCAGAGGUCCGCGAGAUCAAACGCAGACUCACCAGGAAGCUGAGCCAGAGGCCCACCGUGGCUGAACUCCAGGCCAGGAAGAUCUUGCGUUUCCACGAGUACGUGGAAGUGACCAGUGCACAGGACUACGACCGCCGCGCCGACAAGCCCUGGACCAAGCUCACGCCUGCAGACAAGGCUGCAAUCCGGAAGGAGCUGAACGAGUUCAAGAGCUUAGAGAUGGAAGUCCAUGAAGAGAGCAGAAUCUACACAAGGUUCCAUCGGCCCUAAACCCCUUGCAAAACUGGAUUAUGAAGCACUUACCUGCCGAAAGGCAGCAAGGCCAAGACAUGUGGCAUUUCUGCUGGAGCCUCAGGGUCCUAGUGCCACCCGUCUCUAUCUCUCUCUCUGUCUCUGUCUCUCUCUCUCUCUGUCGGACUGCCUUCAACGUUUCUGAAUGUACUGUAUAGACCAACAGGGAAACCUGGACCACCACUUAAAAGCAAAAAAAAAACAAA